CGAAAUUGAAAUAUUCUCACGUCUAUUCUUGUCAUAAUUAUCUUUUUUGGAAAUCUGUACCCUCAGCGCAUGUUUAAAAAUAACGCAAUUAGCAGUUUUAUGACAAAAUGAACAGGAUCAUACUUAAAACAGUUUUUUAUAAUAUUAACUUAAUCAUUCCAAAGCGGGCAUUUGCAAAGGAAGUAAGAUUUGGGCCUGAUGUCAGAUCACUUAUGUUACAAGGUGUUGACAUUUUAGCUGAUGCAGUGGCGGUUACCAUGGGUCCAAAAGGACGGACAGUAAUAUUAGAACAAUCUUUUGGAGCUCCAAAAAUUACCAAAGACGGCGUGACAGUUGCUAAAGGUAUAGAAUUAAAAGAUAAGUUCCAAAAUAUUGGCGCCAAAUUAGUUCAAAACGUUGCUAAUAAAACAAACGAAGAAGCUGGAGAUGGAACUACUACCGCUACAGUAUUAGCACGGGCCAUUGCUAAAGAAGGAUUUGAAAGAAUUUCUAAGGGAGCGAAUCCUAUAGAAAUAAGAAAAGGCGUAAUGUUAGCAGUAGAAGUUGUUAAGGAAAAAUUGAAAGAAAUAUCAAAGCCUGUGAGUACAUCAGAAGAAAUAGAACAAGUUGCAACUAUAUCCGCAAAUGGAGAUGAGUCUAUUGGUAAACUAAUUGCAAAUGCAAUGAAGAGAGUUGGUAAAGAUGGCGUAAUUACUGUCAAAGAGGGCAAAACUUUGUUUGAUGAGAUGGAGGUUAUCGAAGGCAUGAAAUUUGAUCGUGGGUAUGUGUCGCCAUACUUUAUUAAUUCCACGAAAGGUCCAAAGGUAGAGUACAAUGACGCAUUAGUUUUAUUUUCUCAAAAGAAAAUAUUUACUGCACAACAAUUAAUACCUGCUUUAGAAAUUGCUAAUUCUCAGAAGAAACCUUUGGUUAUUAUUGCCGAAGAUUACGACGGUGAACCACUGUCAGUUCUCAUUGUUAAUAAAUUAAAAAUUGGCCUUCCUGUAGUUGCAGUAAAAGCACCUGGUUUUGGUGAUUUUAGGAAGAAUACUUUAAUGGAUAUGGCUAUAGCUACAGGGGGAGUAGUUUUUGAAGAUGAUCCAAACUUAAUUAGACUUGAGGAUUGUAGGCUAGAAAGCCUCGGAAGAGUCGACGAAGUGGUAGUCACUAAAGACUCGACUCUCUUGCUUAAAGGUCAUGGUAAUAAAGAUGACAUUAAACAGCGCAUAGAAGAUAUUAAAGAAGAGUUACAAGCAACUUCUGGUGAUUAUGAUAAAUUACGUCUCUUAGAAAGAAUGGCACGUUUACAAUCUGGAGUAGCUGUUUUACAAAUCGGAGGAUGUAGCGAGGUUGAAGUAAAUGAAAAAAAGGAUAGAGUAAAUGAUGCUUUAAAUGCCACAAAAGCUGCAGUAGAAGAAGGCAUUGUGCCAGGUGGUGGAGCUGCACUUCUUCGUUGCAUUCCUGUAUUAGACAAUUUAAAGGUCACCAACCCUGAUCAGGUGACUGGAAUAACUAUUGUGAAACAAGCUUUACGCACACCUUGUCUUACUAUUGCUAAUAAUGCCGGUUUUGAUGGGUCAGUGGUAGUUUCUAAAGUAGAAGAUAUGGAAGGUAACUUUGGAUAUGAUGCCAUAAAUAAUGAAUAUGUAAAUAUGAUAGAAAAGGGUAUCAUUGAUCCAACGAAAGUUGUAAAGAGAGCUUUGACCGAUGCUAGUGGAGUAGCAUCAUUAUUGACAACUGCUGAAGCUGUAAUUUGUGAUUUGCCUAAUAUGAAAGAAAACUUGCCCAAUGUUCCAAUGGGUAUAAAUUAUUAACGGAUUUUUAUUUCACCUUAAUAAGGCAUAUAUAAGUACACGUUUCAUUAAUUUUUAUACCUUAUCAAGGAUUAUUUAAGUACACGAGCCAUUAAUUUCUACUACAUUGACAGUGAUCAAUGCUUCAUUUUCUGUUUAAUAAAUUAUUGUUCAAUGAUUUG